CAGCUCGGCCCCUCCAGCCCCGAGCAGCUCGCCCAGGCCGCCGGCCCCCCCGGCGAGGACGGCGCCGGCCCCGGCCCGCGCCGCGCCCUCAAGAGCGAGUUCCUGGUGCGGGAGAACCGCAAGUACUACCUGGACCUGAAGGAGAACCAGCGCGGCCGCUUCCUCCGCAUCCGCCAGACCGUGAACCGCGGGCCCGGCGGCCCGGGGGGGUUCCCGGGCGGGCCCCCCGGCCUGCAGAGCGGGCAGACCAUCGCGCUGCCGGCGCAGGGCCUCAUCGAGUUCCGCGAUGCGCUGGCCAAGCUCAUCGACGACUACGGAGGGGAGGAGGACGAGCUGGGCGGCCCCGGCGGCGGCGGCCCCGGAGGGGGGGGGCUCUACGGGGAGCUGCCCGAGGGCACGUCCAUCACGGUGGACUCGAAGCGCUUCUUCUUCGACGUGGGCUGCAACAAGUACGGGGUGUUCCUGCGGGUGAGCGAGGUGAAGCCGUCCUACCGCAACGCCAUCACCGUCCCCUACAAGGCUUGGGCCAAGUUCGGCGGCGCCUUCUGCCGCUACGCCGAGGAGAUGCGCGACAUCCAGGAGCGCCAGCGGGACAAGCUCUACGACCGCCGCGCCGGACCCCCCGGCCCCGGCAGCGGCAGCGGCGCCGGCGACGACUCGGACGGCGACGACGUGGACGACGACUGAGCCCCGGAUCCCGCCGCCGGCCCCUUCCCCGACACCCUCGAAUCCACACACACCCCACACCCCCCCCUCCUUUCCCGGAACCGACACCCCCCCAACGCCACCGGAGAGAGGGAGAGCCCGG